CGAGACCGUCCACCGCAUUUGUCCCGGUUCUGCUCGGCCUGGAACACCGACUAGCCAGCAUAUCCUCGAGACACGGUUGCAAUUAGCUUACCAGCCCCCCCCCUUUUGGUUCAACCAUGCCGCCACCGAAGAUACCUGCUGAUUCCCCAAGCUGGUUUCCAAGCACUGAUACAGGCUGGUGUCCCUCCGACCUGAGGGAGGGACGAGGCGCAGACCUCGCCAGGCCAGCAGCAAAAGCAACUACUCAGGCCAAGAGAGCUAAUCAAACAAGCUCAUGACACGGGCGACAAGCUUCGAUCCAUGUAACAACAGCCUUCAGUGGGCUCCAGCCUGUUCUGGCAGCCCCGUCGCCCCCCACCAGUGGGUCGCCGUCGCUUCGGGGCCCCCAUGCGCUUAAACCUUCACUCCCUGCUAGAGAAACCGCAUCUUCCCUGGCUUCACUUCUGGUCCGCAUUUCGGAAUGUGCUACGUGAGAGUUUUCUGGCUCGACACCACACUCCCGGGCAUGUGGGAAACCCUGGCCGUCUGAGACUCUGGUCCUACCCGGAUAUAGUUCUGCUUUAGACCACACCACCACUCCGUGCCCUGUCCGCAGUUGUUUCUGUUUCUGAUUUUGAUUGAUAAGAUAAUAUCAGCUCCUUGAACCCAGCUGCAAGCCCCCUGCUUCAGUUGGCUCCCGCCUCCCACCAUCCUCGUGCCCGAGUCCUUUGGCCCUCCUCUGAUUUUCCGGGACUGCGGUCGGGGGCAUUGCUUUACACAACACGAUCUUGAAUCCGCCAUCACCAUGGCUUCCUCAAUUCCUUCUCGUUUACUCGCAUUGGCGCUAUUCUCCCUCUUCGCCCUAGUACGAGCAGCCACCGUUACAUAUGACUUUGAAGUCGGGUGGGUUACUGCAAACCCAGACGGCGCAUUCGAGCGCCCCACGAUUGGCAUCAAUGGAAAAUGGCCCAUCCCGCCCAUCACAGCGAAUGUCGGUGACCAGGUGGUCGUCAAUGUCCUGAACUCUCUGGGGAAUCAGACAACAUCGCUGCAUUUCCAUGGUCUCUACAUGAAUGGCACAAACCACAUGGAUGGACCUGUGGGCGUGACACAAUGUCCCAUCCAACCGGGCUCAAGGUUCACCUACAACUUCACAAUCACCCAGCCAGGCACAUACUGGUACCACUCUCACGUGAGGGGCCAGUAUCCUGAUGGUCUGCGUGGGCCACUGAUCAUCCACGACCCGGACUCCCCAUUCAAGGGGCAGUACGAUGAGGAGCGAAUCCUGACAGUGUCUGACUGGUAUCACGACGAGAUGCCCGGUUUGAUUGAGGGCUUCAUCAGCAAGGGCAACCCAACCGGUGCGGAGCCAGUGCCCCAGAAUGCCCUCUUCAACGAGACGCAGAACCUCACCGUUCCCGUCGAGCCGGGCAAGACAUACCUGUUCCGCAUGGUCAACAUCGGCGCUUUUGCGGGCCAGUAUGUCUGGUUCGAAGGCCACAAUAUCUCCAUUGUGGAAGUCGACGGAGUCUACACACAGCCUGCUGUAGCCGACAGGAUAUAUCUUUCUGCUGCUCAGAGGUGCAGCUUCCUGCUGACCACUAGAAAUGACACCAACGCAAACUUCCCUUUCGUCGCAAGCAUGGACACUGACCUCUUCGACACACUGCCCGACGACUUGAACUGGAACGUCACCGGUUGGUUGUCGUACGACAGUUCCAAGCCAAUGCCCGAGCCAGCUUUGGUGGACGAGUUCAACGAGUUUGACGACUACACUUUGGUGCCUUACGACAACCAAACGAUCCUUGGGGCGCCAGACCAUGAGAUCGAGCUUGAAGUGAUCAUGGACAACCUCGGAGAUGGGGCCAAUUACGCAUUCUUCAACAACAUAACAUACAAGUCCCCCAAGGUCCCCACGCUGUACACAGCGCUCUCAGCCGGCGAGCUAGCGAGCAACGCCCUCGUCUACGGCAGCCACACGCACAGCUUCGUGCUCCAGAAGGGCGAGGUGGUGCAGCUGGUAGUCGACAACGCCGACUCGGGCAAGCACCCCUUCCACCUGCACGGGCACGCCUUCCAGGCGGUGUGGCGGUCCGACGAGGACGCCGGGCCCUUUGCCGAGUCCAACGCCACAGAGGCCGACUUCUCGCCCGUCCCGAUGCGCAGGGACACGUUCGUGCUGCCGCCGCAGGGCAACAUCGUGCUGCGCUUCCGCGCCGACAACCCUGGCGUCUGGCUAUUCCACUGCCACAUCGAGUGGCACGUUGAGUCAGGGCUCGUGGCGACCAUGGUCGAGGCUCCGCUCGACCUGCAGCGCGACCUCGUCGUCCCGCAGGGCCACUACGACGCCUGCGCCGCCGCGUCCCCAGCCAUCCCCACCGUUGGCAACGCGGCCGGGAACACGGCCGACCUCCUCGACCUUAGCGGGGAGCCGUCGCCGCCCGCGAGGCUGCCGGAUGGGUUCACCCCCAGGGGCAUCGUGGCUCUGGUCUUCAGCUGUAUCAGCGGCGUGCUUGGUGUCGCCGUCGUGGCGUGGUAUGGCCUGUCCGGCGACCCUGCGGCGAUGGGCGCGGGCAAGGGCGCGGGCGCCGCGGGCGUGUUCCAGCAGGGUGCUUCUGGGCACGAUGCCGCUGCGAAUGGCGACGGUACCCGUGUCGAGGAGGUCACUGCUGUGUCUGGUGGCGGUGCGGGGGCUGGGAAGAGAUGAUGGACAUUUUCGCAAUCUGGUUGAAGCUGCGAUGGGGCACUGUUCAGAGUGUUCUGUGUCUCGUUGGGUACUUUCUUGCUGGUCGAAGCACGAAGCAUGGUAUUAUUUUAAGGCUUGUUAAAGCAAGAUUCUGGCGUCGUGGCAAGCCAGUUCAAAUUUGCCCCUGUGCUAGUUCACAUUAAUUCAUCUGCAUAGUCAUCCUCGGAAGUUUGGCUUCAAAUAGGUGCCGGCAUAGCUUUUUAUGCAAAG